AGUGAAGUGUCGCAACGCGGAGGCCUCCGGUGUCUUGUCCUCGGGAGCGGAGGAGGCCAUCAAGCUCAGGCUGCGAUGGCCGGCACUCCAGGGCCAGAGAUCCGCGAAAAGUUCCAGGCGGCGCUGGCCCUGUCUCGGGUGGAGCUGCACAAGAACCCGGAGAAGGAGCCGUACAAGUCUAAGUACGGCGCGCGCGCGCUGUUGGAGGAGGUGCGCGCGCUGCUGGGCCCGGCGCCCGAGGACGACGACGAGCGGGCUGCCGAUGAUGGGCUGGGGGACCAGGCCCUGGGCGCGGCCGAGCCACGGGAUGCCGAGGGCCCCGGAGCGCAGCGGGCGCUGCGGCUCGCGGUGGUCGAGUUCCACCUUGGCGUGAACCACAUCGAUACGGAGGAACUGUCUGCGGGCGAGGAGCAUCUGGCCAGGUGCCUGUGGCUGCUACGCCCCUACCGCCUGUCGCUCGACUGCGUGUCUCUCUACAUCCAGGCGCAGAAUAACCUGGGCAUCUUGUGGUCUGAAAGGGAAGAGAUUGAAACGGCACGGACCUACCUGGAGUCAUCAGAAGCACUGUACAAUCAGUACAUGAAAGAGAUUGGGAGCCCGCCUCUUGACCCAGCUGAGCAUUUUCUUCCUGAAGAAGAGAAGCUUACUGAACAAGAGAGAUCAAAAAGAUUUGAGAAGGUUUAUACUCAUAACCUGUAUUACCUGGCUCAAGUCUACCAGCACAUGGAGCUGUUCGAGAAGGCUGCUCACUAUUGCCACAGCACACUGAAGCGCCAGCUGGAGCACAACGCCUACCAUCCCAUGGAGUGGGCCAUCAACGCGGCUACACUGUCGCAGUUUUACAUCAACAAGCUCUGUUUUAUGGAAGCUAGACAUUGUCUGUCUGCCGCUAAUGUUAUUUUUGGUCAAACUGGAAAAAUCCCAGCUACAGAAGACGCUCCUGAAGCUGAGGGAGACGUGCCAGAGCUUUACCAUCAAAGGAAAGGGGAAAUAGCAAGAUGCUGGAUCAAGUACUGCUUGACUCUGAUGCAGAACGCACAGCUCUCCAUGCAGGACAACAUAGGCGAGCUUGACCUUGACAAGCAGUCGGAGCUCAGAGCUCUCAGGAAGAAAGAGCUGGACGCGGAGGAGAGCAUUAGGAAGAGAGCUGUACAGUUUGGAACUGGCGAGUUGUGUGAUGCCAUCUCUGCAGUGGAGGAGAAAGUGAGGUACCUGAGGCCACUAGACUUUGAAGAAGCCAGGGAACUUUUCUUGCUGGGUCAGCACUAUGUGUCUGAGGCCAAAGAGUUCUUCCAGAUUGAUGGGUAUGUUACGGACCACAUUGAAGUUGUCCAAGAUCACAGCGCUCUAUUCAAGGUGCUUGCAUUCUUUGAGAUGGACAUGGAGAGGCGAUGCAAGAUGCACAAACGCAGAAUAGCCAUGCUAGAGCCCCUGAUUGUGGACUUGAAUCCACAGUACUAUCUGUUGGUCAACAGGCAGAUUCAGUUUGAAAUUGCACAUGCUUACUAUGAUAUGAUGGAUUUGAAGGUUGCUAUUGCUGACAAGCUCAGGGAUCCCGACUCACAUAUUGUGAAAAAAAUAAAUAGCCUGAAUAAGUCUGCGCUCAAGUACUACCAGCUCUUCCUAGACUCCCUGAGAGACCCCAAUAAGGUAUUUCCUGAGCACAUUGGGGAAGAUGUUCUCCGUCCUGCAAUGUUAGCUAAGUUCCGGGUAGCUCGUCUUUAUGGCAAAAUCAUCACUGCAGAUCCCAAGAAAGAGCUAGAAAAUUUGGCAACAUCUUUGGAACAUUACAAAUUUAUUGUUGAUUACUGUGAAACUCACCCUGAGGCUGCCCAGGAAAUAGAGGCUGAGCUAGAGCUCAGUAAAGAGAUGGUCAGCCUUCUCCCAACAAAAAUGGAGAGGUUCAGAGCCAAGAUGGCCCUGACUUAACCUUGGUUCAAUGGAAAGGGACCAUGCAGCCCCAAGCGACUCCUCCAGCCAGUAGUGAGCCAAGUCCAGCUAGAGCCUCACAUGCAGCCAGGGACCUGAGGCUGUGCUGGCACCUUCAGCAACAUACAGUUAAGUGAGGAUUUAGACCUAAUUAUGUAAAUUGCCUUGCUAAAGUGACAGGUGUUUUGCAUUUUCGACCGCUUGUUUUCCUAAGUAUAAACAUUUCCUGCCUUGAUUUCUAAAUGUUAAGUACUCUGUUGACUAGUACUUGCUAGACUUCAUACAAGGAACAAAACUGGGUAGUGUACCUGGUAGAGGAGCCUGCUGCUGUGUUGAAUUUGAGAAAGUUACUUUGUAUAGUCAUUCUUUGCAAAAUACUUACUUUCAUAAACUCCUAAAUAAGACUUUCCUUUUUUGAAAAUACUAAAAACUUAAGUUAAUUCACAAUGUUGUAAAAUGGCUCAUAUUAAUUAUAGGACUAAAUGCCUUGCACAUAAUAAAUUUACUUGUUU